CCUAUCUAUAUAUACACUACUUGUUCAAAAUCAAUGUCAAACACCCACAUUGUGUUUAAUUGGUCAUAUUAGAUAGAUCUCUAAAUGGAAUCAUUAUUUUCCCCAAACAAUUCUGGGUUUUCUUCCCAAGAAUCCUCGUUGUGUUCACAAGAAUUGUUCUAUUGGCAUGACAAUUACUUCUUUGAACACAAUUACAUGUCCCUCUUUGAUCAUCAUGAUGAUCCCUUCAACAUGGUCACUAAUGGUGCUUAUUCACAAGAAGAUUUGUUUCUUCUAGAUGUUCUCCCCCCAAGAGAAGAAGCAAGAUUAGAGCCAUCCAAUGUUCAAUCCAUAUCGACAAGUGCUACUAGUACUCCUAAUCAUGUCAAGGAAGAAGAGGUCACUUCCAUUAGCGAAGAAGAAGAAGAAGAAGAAAAACCCGACAUCCCCGCGAAGGAGAAGAAGACGUCUUAUAGAGGGGUUAGAAGCAGGCCGUGGGGGAAGUACGCGGCGGAGAUAAGGGAUUCCACAAGAAAUGGGGUUAGGGUUUGGAUUGGCACUUUUGAUAGCGCCGAAGCCGCGGCCUUAGUCUACGAUCAAGCUGCAUUAGCGUUGCGUGGCUCGUCCGCGAUCCUCAAUUUUCAGGAGGAUGUGGUGAGGGAGUCCAUGAAGGAGAUCAAGUUCUCUUGGGAGGAAGGAGAGUCUCCAGUUAUGGCAUUGAAGAAGAUGUACUCCAUGAGAAGGAAGUCAAGCAUGGUCAGGAAAAUGACAAGUACAAAGAGAAAGGCAAUUAGGUCAAAUAACUUGGUGGUGUUUGAGGAUUUAGGAGCAGAUUACUUGGAACAACUACUCAGCUCUUCUUGUGAGUUUUGAUGAAUCGAUUCUUAUGUUAAUCAUUCAAAUGAAUUUUUUGUUCUUUCAGUUAAUUCUUCAUUUUCUUUCUUGCAAAUUUUCUUCUUCUUAGUCUCUAUGAUCACCAAUUGUGACAUAUAGAGACAGUAAAAAGUGUUUGUAUCAUCAACUUUUUUGUGGAGUUACCCACAAAGAGUUGGGUUCCAAUGAAGAAUCAUUCAAGAAGUUGUGUUCAUCUUUCAUGCACAUUGGAAAGAUAA